AUGGCGGCAACGGAAUCCGAUCUAGACGAGUUUCUCAAUCUCGAUUACGAACUUCGGUAUCCGAGUCUUGCCGAUACGGAGGCGUUCAUGACCGCCGCCUUCCAAACUCUUCUACCGGAUGUGGUAACUUCAUUUUCAACUUGUGGUGGAGUUACAAAUUCUCAAAACCUCACUCCCAAACAUUCCACCAUUACUGCAACUAUUGAUUCUCAGUCAUCACUUUAUGGCACUGUUGGAAGCCCAGUUUCAGCCAAUAAACCAAACAGCAGAGAGAAUCAUGCCAAAGGAACAUCAAGUGGUUCAUCUGAUCCUUCAGACGAAGAUGAUGAACAAAGCACGAAUCCACUCGAUAACAAACGCCUUAGAAGAAAGGUUUCUAAUCGCGAAUCAGCCAGAAGAUCAAGGCGAAGAAAACAAGCUCAUUUGUCCGAACUUGAGUCUCAGGUUGAAAAACUGAAACUGGAAAAUGCAACCCUAUACAAACAGUUUACGAAUACUAGUCAACAAUUUCACGAGGCCGAUACAAAUAACCGAGUUCUAAAAUCAGAUGUAGAAGCUUUAAGAGCUAAGGUGAAGUUAGCUGAGGAUAUGGUCACUAGAAGCUCUUUCACCACAUCAUUAAACAAUCAGUUUUUUCAGAAUCAAUGUCAAAUAGCCACACCGCCACAACUCAACAUGCGCCGCGUGCCACAUGUUUCACCAACCAUCAAUGUCCAGCAGGGAAAUGGUAUCCCUUACAGCGGUGUCGCGGUCGGUGAACAUAAUUCAAAUCUUCUCGGGUUUGGAAACUUGGACAUGAGUAUCUACAACGACGCCAUCGACAAUGGAGUCUUAAGCAAUGCUAUGAGUUGCGUAACUACUACCUGGCCCUAA